AUGGCAGCCACGCCGCCUCCAGUGGUGGCCCGCCUAGUCGCCGAGGAAAAGCUCACGCAGCAACUGAAUGGCGCAUUGCAGGCCGUCUAUCAUACUGGCACAGAUAUAUUCUACUCCAGCCGUCUGCAAGGACAUCUUCUGCUACAGGUUCAGCAGCUCAGGAACGAAAACUCAAUUGAAGAAUCCGAGCUGCUGCGCGCCCGCGAGGACUUGCCGAAGGUUCCCUCCACCGAGCACGUCGAUAUGAAGCACUCUCGAGCGAGGUCGCAUCGAAUCGAGAAAGUCACCCGCCCGACCUCGGAGAUCCUCGGGCAGAUUUUGCCUCAGAAUGGAGAAGGCAUUCAAAACUCUGAGUUUGUCACCCUGAUGCUCGAGGGGGCCGCGGCUAUGGCACUUCCGAUCACUGAUGUCCAUGCACUUGUCGCCCAAAUCGUCAUUUCCGAACAGCAGAAGCAAGAGCGAGCUGUCGACACCGCCAAGAAGCUGCGAUCCCUGGCUGCGCAGAUCGAAUACGCUAACUAUAAGCAACACGUGUGCCUUGAUGAGAUCAUCGAUCAGGCAACGGACGCGCUGGCCAAGAAAGAAGAUUUGGCGUACGAUCACGAGAAGUUGGCCCGUGGACAGUCUAUGAAAAUUGGCCGUGCUAUGACCACAAUUCAGGAGAUCUUUGGGCCUAUUGAGGUGCCUGCCGGCCCCAAGCUGCUGAACUACCGAGGCCCAGCUCGCAUCGGAGACAGGCUUCUUCGCCAAAUCGCUCAGGCUCAACAUGCUCCCGAGGAGCACGUUUAUGCUGAUCGCGGCGUCGGCGCCGGAGCUGUGCCCGGACAGGAUGGGAAUGGUGGUGCUGCUGGCGGAGGAGUGGCUGCUAAUGGUGGUGCUGCUGGCGGAGGAGGGGCUGAGCCCCCGCAGCAGAAUGGAGGUGGGCUGGUUCGCGCCGCCGGAGCUGCCGUCGCUCUUCCCGGGCAGACUGUCGAUGGAGGAGGUGGAGGAGCUGCUGAGGGCUGCCAAAAACAUCCGCGGCUCCAUCCGCCGGCCCACGACCAGCUCGACGUGCCCGGGCACCCGGGCAUCCGCUUUGUGCCGCUGGAAGAAUCGGGGCGUUCGUUGGAUCAGUUGACUUGCCACGCGACAACAUUGCCGCAGAAUUGGACCCACAUGAGCUGGCCCAAGCUGCUGACGACCAGAAUUAAGUUGCUCGGACCCGCGCGACGCGCCUCGCUUGCCGACCUCGACCGACCCACUGUACAACCUUCCAUACCACUGCUUUACUGUGCAGUUUUUGCGUUUUCCCGAGUCCACGAUAAAAAU